AUGGCAGCCGAUGCUAGGCGGCUGCUCGAAGCUGCGGUCGAACAAAGAGCAGUUCCGGCAGUUGGCGCCUUCGUUGUCGAUCAUCACGGAGAGUUUCGUUUCAGAGAGACAUGUGGUACCAACAGCAUUGACGAUCCCGAUGCCUCAGCCUUCAAGCCGGACACGGUCCUGCAAAUAUUCUCCUGCACCAAGCUUGUUACAUCCAUUGCCGCGUUGCAGUUGAUGGAGCUAGGUGUGCUCUCCCUCUCCGACUCGGUGGAGAAAUAUGUGUCACGGUUGUCGCAAUUACAAGUCCUGGAUUCUUUCACCACAGAGGGUUCCGGGGCAUCACAGCCUGUUCUGCGGUCGCCAAAAUCCAGGCCCACGAUCUUGCAAUUGCUCAAUCACACGGCUGGAUUUUCCUACGAUUUCUUCGACGAGUUGACCUUGCAAUAUCGUAAGCACACAGGUUGCUCACCCGCGGGAUAUUAUAGCACCGGGCAGUGGAAUGACUUCGACACUCCUCUAGUUGCUGAUCCGGGCACGAAAUAUCUCUACGGGACAAACACCGACUGGCUUGGCCUCGUGAUUCAAGCUGCCAGUGGUAUGUCCCUACCUGAAUAUAUCGACAAGAACAUUUUGAAGCCCCUUGGCAUGAACGCUAGCGGGGCAUCUCCAGUCCCAGGAAGAGACAGGCUGUUCGUGCAUUACAAGGCCGAAGGUAGGCUUACUGGGAGCGAACACUUUGCCAGAAAUGCCACGGAUCCAGAGAUUUGGGGGGGAGGAGCUUACCUAUACUCAACGAUGGAUGAUUUCGCGCAGUUAUUGAGUGCUCUUCUCAACGGUGGAAGAAGCCCCGUCACCCAAAAAACCAUCCUUAAGCCCAGCACGAUCCGAGAGUUUCUCUUCACGGACCAUUUACAUUCCCGUGUCGACAGGACACUACUGGGUGAGAUCAGACCGAGUAUGCUGGACCUUUCUAAUCAAGGAUCGCUAAUGCCGAGCCUUCCCGUGGAUGCGCGUGGUUGGUCUUGCGGGCUGUUGUUGAAUCUGGAGAAUUUGCCUACAGGACGGAAAAGGAUGAGUGGAUGUUGGGCAGGUCUGGGCAACUUGUACUUUUGGAUAGACCCAUAUUCAAGAGUGGCGGGCAUGGUUUGUACCUCGGUGCUACCAUUCAUGGAUCCUGUCGUCCUCGACCUGCUUGACCGGGUGGAGAGAAUUGCGUAUUCCAAGGCAUCACCAUCGGCGUCUUGA